GCCAAACUUAAAAGAGUUCCAAUUUCAAAAUUUGAGCUUGGCGCUCUUCAUUUUACCAAUCCCUCUAUUUCAAAAAAUAAAAAACCCUAAAACUCUCAUUUCUCUCUGUUUCGGGGAAAAAAGAAGGAAAAAAAUAGCAGCAAAAAUGGGGGGUUCUCAUAGCCGUGAAGAUCUAGAGCUCUCAGACUCGGACGCAGAGUCCCAACAAGAAGAAGAAGAUAGCUACCAAGAUGUCAGCACUGAAACCCCAGAAAAAUCAUCCUCCGCCGGAAGAAACAGACCCAAAACUCCAUCUUCUUUUGAUGAAGUUGAAUCCAAGCUUAAAGCCUUAAAACUCAAAUACCCUUCAACAACAACCCAAACCCAGCAAAGCCCUAACCCUAAUUUUAAAAAUGGUGUCAAACUUUACCUUCAUAUCGGCGGUAACACCCCAAAAGCCAAAUGGGUUACUUCAGAGAAGUUGACUACUUAUUCUUUCAUCAAGACCUCAAAAAUUAAUGGUCAAAAUGAAGAAGAGGAGGAGGAGGAGUCAGAAUCUGAAGAAGUUGCUUGGUGGGUUUUGAAGGUUAGUACUAAAAUUAGGGCGAAAGUCGCUGUUGAGAUGCAAUUAAAGACAUUUAAGGAACAGCGCCGCGUUGAUUUUGUUGCUGAAGGUGUAUGGGCUAUGAAGUUUUUUAGCGAUGAGGAUUAUAAGCUUUUUAAUAGUAAGUAUCAGGAUUGUUUGUUUGAGAAUACUUUUGGGUAUGAGUCGAAUGAAGCAAACAAGGUUAAAGUUUAUGGGAAGGAUUUUGUUGGGUGGGCGGACCCGGGAAAGGCAGAUGAUUCUAUGUGGGAGGAUGCAGAGGAUGAGUUCUUGAAAAGCCCUGGAUCUGCGACUCCUGCGAGUGGAAAUCAGGAUUUGAGAGAGGAAUUUGAGGAGGCGGCCAAUGGAGGGAUACAGAGCUUGGCAUUGGGUGCGUUGGAUAAUAGUUUCUUGGUGGGUGAUUCAGGGAUUCAGGUUGUUAAGAAUUUUAGCCAUGGGAUUCAUGGGAAAGGUGUUUAUGUCAAUUUUGGAAGUGGGAAUCAUAGUAGUGGUUCGAAUUUGGUACAUUCAACCCCUAAAAAGGCGCUUCUUAUGCGGGCUGAGACUAAUAUGUUGCUUAUGAGUCCGAUGAACGAAGGGAAAUUGCAUUCUACUGGUUUGCAUCAGCUUGAUAUUGAGACUGGGAAGAUUAUUACUGAGUGGAAGUUUGAAAAGGAUGGAACUGAUAUUACCAUGAGGGAUAUUGCAAAUGAUAGCAAGGGAGCACAAUUGGAUCCGUCAGGAUCGACAUUUUUGGGGUUGGAUGACAAUAGGCUUUGCAGGUGGGAUAUGCGUGACCGGCAUGGGAUCGUUCAAAAUCUUGCUUCAGCUAAUACUCCUGUCCUGAAUUGGACUCAAGGGCAUCAGUUUUCAAGAGGGACUAACUUUCAGUGCUUUGCUAGCACUGGUGAUGGAUCAAUUGUUGUUGGGUCUCUUGAUGGGAAGAUUCGAUUGUAUUCAACCAAUUCUAUGAGGCAGGCAAAAACAGCUUUUCCUGGCCUGGGAUCACCUAUUACUCAUGUUGAUGUUACCUUUGAUGGGAAGUGGAUAUUGGGCACCACCGAUACUUAUUUGAUCCUUAUCUGCUCUCUUUUCACAGACAAGGAUGGUAAGACAAAGACUGGUUUUAAUGGUCGUAUGGGUAAUAGGAUUGCAGCUCCAAGAUUGUUGAAGCUGACUCCUUUGGAUUCACAUCUAGCUGGCGUUAAUAAGAAGUUCCAAAAGGCUCAGUUCUCUUGGGUCACAGAGAAUGGGAAGCAGGAGCGGCAUUUGGUUGCAACAGUAGGCAAAUUUAGUGUGAUUUGGAACUUCCAGCAGGUAAAGAAUGGCUCCCAUGAGUGCUAUCGUAAUCAAGAGGGCUUGAAGAGCUGCUACUGCUACAAGAUAGUCCUCAAGGAUGACUCCAUUGUUGAUAGCCGUUUCAUGCAUGACAAGUUUGCAGUCAGCGAUUCUCCUGAGGCUCCACUGGUGAUUGCAACCCCCAUGAAAGUCAGCUCCUUCAGCAUAUCGAGCAGGCGCUGAUCGCUGAAUUAUUUCUCUUUAGUUGAUCACUUUCUCAGUGUCGCAAAUGCUUUUCUAAAACUUCUGUACUGUAUUUUUCGUUGCUGUUUAAGUAGGGUAUGUUUGGAUUAAUCUUCCAGGAAGACUGAUGUCUGAUUUUACUGUAUUUGGAGUUUUGCAACACUUUGCUAGUAAUUUGAUGUCUCCUCGCAUCUUAUUGUUGUAUUUCCUCGUUGAAUACGAAUCUCCUGUCUUCAGCAGGAUGAAGUACUAUCA